CAACAGUGUCGUACCAUAACGUGUUUCUCUUCAACGUUACCGUCGCCAUCGCUCAUCCGCCGCAGUUUGGCAACAACAGAACAUCGUCAGCUGUUCGAGGGCGACAAAGAGAUCUGUUAUUAAUUUUUUCUUUGUCAUAGACGUCGAGUAUAUGAGAACAAACGUGGAGAACGACGGGGACCAGGCCGGCUCCAACGAGGGCGUUAAAACGAUGGACACUUCCGAGUGGUUGGAGGAGAUCGGGAAGAUGCACAUUCAUAGAGCUGAUAUGAAUAAGCUUAUCAUGAAUUAUCUCGUCAUGGAGGGAUUUAAAGAAGCUGCUGAAAAGUUUUCCAUUGAAGCAAAUAUUAAGCCCCCCAUGGACCUGGACCAGCUGGAUGAACGCAUCCGUAUUCGCUCUGCCAUCCAAGCCGGCCACUUUCAAGAGGCAAUGAGGAUGGUAACUGCUCUGCAUCCCGAAAUUCUUGAUGACAACUCUCAGCUUUAUUUCCAUUUGCAGCAACAAGUUUUAAUUGAGCUGAUCAGAGAAGGUCGCGUUGAAGAAGCUGUUGUGUAUGCCCAGGACCACUUAGCUGAAAGAGGACAAAGGGAUCCAACAAUACUGAAUGAAUUGGAGCGAACCUUGGCUCUCUUGGCAUUUGAUCAGCCUGACACAUCUCCCUUUGGUGAUUUGUUACAUCCCUCUCACAGACAGAAGGUGGCUAGCGAGUUGAAUGCAGCAAUUCUACGAGCUCAAAAUCAGGAAGAAACAACUCCCCUUUUAGCAGAAUUGCUUAAACUUUUGCUCUGGGCACAGGACGAACUUAAUAAGAAGAAAGUACAAUACCCGGUUAUGACGGAUCUCAUUAAAGGCCAAUUCGAUGAACCUAAAUGAACAUAGCUCAGAUUUAGUUGGAUGUUUUCGUGCUUAGGUUAACCUUUAUGUUUGUUUAGUGCGUAUUGUCUCGUUACUCAUCAAGAUUAUGCUUAUGCUUGUAUGUAUGAAUGUGUGGCCCUAUUGUUCAGAAGGUUUUGUAGAUGAACAACAUUGGAGCGAGAGGACUUCAGGGCACUUUGUGGAGAAUUCCUGUUUUGGUUUAGGUUAAGAUUUGUAUAUAGAGAUACUCAUUUCAUUACAUGCUGUCAAACCAAACCUUACCAAAAUUUUACAUCGAUAGUGAAAAACACAUCGAUCAUAUAGUGUGAUAAAUAAAUUUAUUUU